UUACAUUGAUUACUUUAUGAGUUAAUUUAAGAUAAGUACAUUGACCGAUUAAGAUAAAUAAAUAGUUAUAUUUGAUACUUACUGGGACUCUAAUACCUCAAUAGUGCAUCAGCGAAAGGGAAGGGUAUAUAAAAACCAACGUGUAGAGAGAUCAAUCAACAAUACGAGUCCUCGUCAAACUGAAACUACUCCAAACAGACGAAACUACUUCAAUUAGAGAUUGAAGAUGAAAAACAAAACACUAGCUAAAUAGUUUAACCGAUCGGAGUAAAGAAAUCAAAUAGCGGCCGGCGCUGGUGGCUGGAUAACGGCGGACAUGGCGGACGACGAAACAUCAAUGAGUUUAAAUGGGGAUCCGUUGGCCCUGUGCCUAAGCCUGUAAUUACCUUAAUUGGAUUAAUCUUGUUGUUGUUGUUGUUAGUAUAUCAUGCAUGCUUCUUAAUUGUUUAAGAAUAACCUGGUUACGUUGUUCUGUUAAAACUUAAAAAUAUCAUGCGUGCAUGUUGUAUUGAUUUCUAAUUUUGUUCUUGCGUUGUCAUGUGCAUGUAGGUCGUCUAACAAGAAGCAUCGUCUUAUGGUUAGGAGGAACCUGUCGAUGUCGAUAUCAGAAUGGGCAAGUCUUCCCGAAGCCCUUAUCUUUCUAAUUCUGGAUAACUUGUUGGAACCCAUUGAUCAUGUUCGCUUUGCUGCCGUUUGCAAGGAAUGGUGUUAUCUUUCCAAAGUCUAUAAUCUUGCAACGCAGCGGUGGCUUAAGGUACUUCCCAUGCUCUUGAUCCCUUCCCAAUUAGAAUCACAAACACAAGUAGAAACUACUGGCCCGACAACAAGAGCAGUAUACAGUAUUAAUGAAGGGAAAGUUUACGAGAAUGUUCGGUUACCUGUGCCUUACAGUAAGAUAUGUCGUGGCUCCAGCCAUGGUUGGUUGGCCACAAUUGAUCUAGCGGACCAACCUAUCAACAUAACUCUGGUAAACCCUUUCACAAAAGAAACCAUUCGUCUUCCUCCGUUAGAGUUCGAGGCCCAAGAUAUGAACCUAUGGUUUCACCCCUACGAGAAUUUCGUCCAAAAGGUUAUAUUAUCCACCGAUCCCAGUUUGAAUCGUGACAAUUAUAUGGUUGUUGCAAUAUACCGCGGAGUUUGCAGGUUGGCUUUCACUAAAGCGGGAGAAAAGUAUUGGAGGUCCAUCCAUAUAAACGUGACUGAUGCUGUAUUUUAUAAAAACAAAAUCUACGCAGUUGGGUAUCGGUUGGGAAGCAUCUUCUCAGUUGAUGUUGAGAAGUCACAUGCAUAUCGACGUCAACCAUUCAUUCAAAUCGCACCUUUCAUUGAAAUCGGACAAGCUGAUUGGGAAUAUCUUGUGGAAUCAAUCAAGGGAGACUUGUUGCAAGUUCGAAUGUUUGCAAUUAAGGAUGGUCGUACUAAGGGGUCUUGGACCGAGAGUUUCUGCGUUUACAAGGUCGUAUUUGACGAUAGUAACAGAACCAUCCGGAAGGUUGAGGUAAAAGACAUUGGAGAUGAGGCUUUGUUUCUCGGCGUCAACCAUUCAUUCUCUGUUCUGGCUUCGAAUUUUGUUGGAUGUAAGCCGAAUUGCAUAUACCACACAUGUAAGCUAAACCCAACUGGCAUGAAUAUCUUCAAUUUAGAGGACAAAAGCAUCACCCGGAUCCAGGUCCCUAGUCCUAAUUGUGAUCCGACCAGCCGUAUACCACCUGCGAUUUGGAUUUUCCCAACCUUUAACGGACUUGGCCAUUGAUUUUGUGGCCUAGAUUGAUAGUGUUUGUGUUUAAUCUUUUAUAUGCCUACAUUACUGGUCCAAGUAGGUUGUAGCACAUAUCCCAAAAAUGUGAAAUCCUCUACAUUUUAAUUCAUUUCGACAUAUUGCUGGUUUCAUCUAACAUAAAAAUCCUAGUAAUUAUUUCGGAAUCUUUUGUCUCCGUAUGUGAGGUUUGCUCUCAUUCUGAAAGUCUUUCCCACCGUUAUAUUUUGAAACUUGAUAGUGAAGCAAAACAUAUAAAAAAUAACAACACUCAU